GAAACACUGUUCAUAAACAGCUGUUCGCCGCGUUUUGUAGGGACUUUACUGCAGAAAAAGUUAAAUUUAAAUUUGUUUAAUAAAAAUGUUAGAUGACGCGCCAGAGGAGCCCAACAAGAGCUUCUAUAUAUUUGGACGCGAUGUUGCUCAGAUACCUUGCUUUCGUAACAGUUUUCUUUAUGGCAUCAGCGGCGGCAUAGGUGUCGGUGUUUUGGCAUUUUUGGGCACCUCCCGACCCCACCUGGCCACACAUAUUGGUUUUGGCUCUUUCUUUUGUGGCACAAUAGUCUAUUGGAUGGCCUGCAGGUAUCAAUGGUCGGUGCGGCGYUUCGAACAACAACAACUGCGCGAGGCCAUGCGCCGGCAGGCCAUGUACGAGGGCACAAAAGUCGAGCGUGAGCUGGAUAUUAAGUCGGCGUAACACGUCGGAUAUAUAUUAUAUAUACGAGCAUACUUCGAUAAACUGGCUAAAUCUGUAGAUACAUUAAGACGAGUUGUAGCUGAAUCAUUUUUUGUAUGUAUAUAAGAUGCUAUCAUAUGUAAAUUGUUUUAAGAUUCAAAACUUUACUGUCGAGAACGUUUAAUGCGCCGAGUGGUAUAU